AUGAAACUUACAGAAUAUCUACCCUACUUCGUUCUCCUCACCAGCCCAGGCGCCCUGGCCCUCGUUGCAUCUAGAGCACCAGGCUCCCUAUCCCAACCCCAAUAUAGCCUCGACGGAAAAGGCACCACCGCGGACGUCCCCAAAGCUAGAGCUUCAGCAGAUGUCCUCUGCUCCCAAUACAUCAAUAAUCGAUUGGAUCUACUCGCAGAUAUUUGCAACAUUGUGGAAUCGGAGGGGCGCACCUCGAUCGCUCUAUGUUCGUCGGACGAUACCAAGGCUCCGUUGGGGUGCGAGAAUGUCGAAAAAAUUGUGGACAUUGGAGAGUAUGAAACGCAGGGGCGAUUCUUGGAAAAGAAAAUGUGCAUCAUCUUUUUCAGAGGGGGGAUGAUGUAUAUUCUUUGUAGCCCUUCUAUAUCUGGAGACCUAUAA